AGAAGCACCCAUUUCGGGCAUUAAAGAGCUAGCAACGACUUGCCAAACUAUGAUCUCAAUUCUUCCUACAUCCAUCCAUCUAUUCUGUGCUCAGUCUUGGUCCUGUCGUCCGUUGUCAUGUCAGUCGGGCGAGUUCUCAUCGCCUCAGUCGUUCUCAGCGCCCAGCUCGAGCUGGCGAGGCGAGCCGUUGUCGCCCUGUCCCGAGACCCAGCCCUCGCGCUUGGCUUGCUUUCAUUGGCAGCAUGGGGCUCGCGCACACUGCCCGGGACUGCGCUGCUCCAGGCGAUCGCGGCGCCGCUCGGUGCCGUUUUGGCGCCAAUUCGCGCGCGAUUCUCACCCAGCACAGAGCCCGAUGCUUCCCGACCGGCGUCCGCCAUGGACCGUCGAUUAAUGUUCGACAUGUACGACAUUCAAAGCUCAAAGAGGGCUCUCCUCAACCUGCGACCGCCCACUGAGACGUGGAUGAAUUUCGGGCUUUGGCCCAGCGCGAGCGCACUUCCGCCCAGCUAUGGUCUACGCGAGGCCUGUGAGGCUCUGGCAACGCUUCUUGCGCAUACAGUGGAGCUGAAUAGUCAAGACACAUUGCUUGAUGUUGGAUGUGGUUGUGGAGAUCAAGAUGUCUUAUUUGCCAAGACAUUUCAACCAAAAUCCAUUCUCGGCGUCGAGAUUGCACCGUCGCAGGUCGCACAGGCUCAAUGUCACAUUCAACGCCAUGGACUUGAAUCCAACGUCCAAGUCGUACAGGGGUCUGCGGUCGACUUGGCGGCUUCUUGCCGCGCUGCCAGGCAAUUCUCAGUGGUGCUCAGUCUCGAUAGUGCCUACCAUUAUGCUUUGCGGCGCGAUUUCGUGCAUGAGGCCUUCCGAGUCCUUCAGCCGACCGGUCGCCUCGGGCUUGUUGAUAUUUGCGUGACAGACUCUUGGCAAGAGACGCUCUGCUCUCCAGCAUUCUCAGCUCGUUUGUCGCAGAUAAUGUUCCGACUAGGAUGCAAAGCCGCGGCCAUUCCGCUGGCAAACAUGGUUUCCCAGACCGAGUAUGCCUCUCAAUUGUCGGCCGCGGGGUUUGAGGACGUGCACAUACGAGAUAUUUCCGACCAGGUUUUUGAGGGCUUUGCCAGACACAUCGAAACUACCGCGGAGCAGCUCGCCUCGGUUACGCGACCACUUGACUGGAUUGGAUUUCGUCUUGCGGCGCGACUCAUGCGGUUUCUCGGCAACAAGCGAGUGGUUAAAUUCAUUGUCGUCAAGAGUGUCAAGCCUGCGACGAGGUCUGGGUUGACAGGACCAUGAAGCUCUUAUGCAUUCUUUAUCUAUUCAUCUGACCUAUAUAUUCAAUUUGUAAAAACUGUAUUUUAAGCAAAAGGAUGAAGCAGAG